CGCUCAGCAGUAUCGAUUUAUCUGCGAGCAGCUACUCUUCACUGACUUCCACCUGCACAUCGUUCACACAGUUAGCUGCGUUUAGCUCCAGGACGCUACAACAGUGGUAAUAACACCGUCUACAGCCAUGGCAGACCCAAGAAUACGGCAAAUUAAGAUCAAAACCGGCAUCGUUAAGAGGCUGGCAAAAGAGGAGACCGCGUACAUAACUGAGGCAAAGCAGCAGGAGGAGAAGAUUGAGCGCCUGAAAGCAGAGGCAGAAGAUGAUUAUGUUAUCAAGAAACAGAUGGAGGUGUUGCAGGAGUCCAGAAUGAUGAUCCCAGACUGUCACCGCCGUCUGACCAUAGCACACGGAGAUCUACAUCAGCUCCUAGAAACAGAAGAGGAUUUGGCUGAAACAGAGGAGUACAAAGAGGCCAGAAACAUGUUGGACUCAGUGAAGCUUGAAGGAUGAUUUCUGAUGUGUUUCUGUUCUCACUGUGAGACUCACUUGCUUAAAUGUCCAUUCCUUUCGUCAGGCCUUGUUUGGAACCGUGGAGGCAAACUGAAUCGUUCAAAGUCUCUGUUCUUGAUGUAAUUAUUUCUACUGUUUACAGUUAACGUGCCACCAUAUUUCACCAUGCUUCUCCUGUGUGUAAAAUCCCACAAGAAAUAUGAUAAACAUUGACUUUAUUGCAAUAGAGAGGUAGAGUUUGUCUUAGCGUUUUAUUCAUCAAACUAAUACACAAUCUGGAUUUAAAGACUUGAUUAAAUACACAGUCAUGUUUGUCUGUUGUCUUUUCCACAAUAAUAUUAAUUUUAAUGGUGUGUGGCCUCUGCUGAAAACAGUAAAUCACUGAAGGUUUUAUGAAGUGACAGUUUUCCUUAAUUAAUUUUGCAUUCCUUUUAUAUGUAUCUGGAUAUGGAAGAUUUGAAAUGCCUAAAUUAAAGCAAAUUAAACAAAGAAAUAAAGUGAGAUAGAAUACA